AUGGAAGAUGAGCAUCCAGUCCAGAUUAAAAACAAUAGCAGCUCCCACUGUACUUUCUUUAAUGCAUCACCAGACGACUAUCGAUGCGAUGUGAUUCUAAAAGUGAAAAGAGCCACAAGGACAUUUUCACUGGUAGUGUGCAUUUUCAUGCUCUUCGCAAUAUGGCUCCUGCGCCGAAAUAACUCUUUGGCUCAGAAAAUGAUAGUCAGUCUGACAGUAGCUGCAUUUUUUGACAGUGUUGCAUAUGUUAUGUGAGGAGAGUCUCAUCCGGAGGGGUCUCUGUGUGAUUUUCAAGCUUGGUGGCUCACGUAUUUUGACUGGAGUGCUCUGGCCUGGGUGUGUCUUAUUACUGUCAAUCUGUACCUGAACUUGGUGAGAGAAAUCAGAACUGAACAUUAUGAAAUACCGUACCAUGUGGUGGCAUGGGGGGUUCCUCUGCUCAUGUCCAGCUUCCCCCUGCUGGGUGGAUACUACAGUCCUGCUGGUGCCUGGUGUUGGAUCACAGAUGAACAUGUAAUGUGGAGGUUUGGCAUAUGUUAUGUCCUGCUGUUUACCCUCAUUAUCCUCAUGAUCUGCUGUUAUUCUCAAUUCAUCUGUGUGGCCAAUGAAAGGAUGCGUUCUUGGUUAGGCACCUUUAACCCAGAAAGAGAGAGGAGAGAGAGUGCACCCUUGCAUGGGCUUGCCAACGCUCUUGUCUUUGGUAGAGACACCUGGAGUCAACUGAGUAUGACAGGAAUAAAGAUGGUGCUCCAGUCUUGA